AUGUCUGGAAACUCUUCAGAACUGUUAGAUAGCUCCGGUGACGGUGGCCUAGGCGGUUCAGGCGAGGAAGAGAAAGAUAUGAAGAUGGAGAAAACCGGCGAAGCAUGUGGCGGAAGAGGAAACCGGUGGCCAAGACCGGAGACUUUGGCUCUCUUGAGAAUACGUUCGGUGAUGGAUAAAACCUUUCGUGACUCCACUCUCAAAGCUUCCUUAUGGGAAGAAAUCUCCAGGAAAAUGAUGGAGCUUGGUUACAAGAGAAGCUCAAAGAAAUGCAAAGAAAAGUUCGAGAAUGUGUACAAGUACCACAAACGUACCAAAGAUGGUCGUACCGGAAAAUCCAAAGGCAACACGUACCGGUUUUUCGAUGAGUUAGAAGCUUUUGAGACUAUCAAUUCCUAUCCACCUGGAUCCAAGUUCCAACCCGCAAAACCUCCGGCAGCAGCGGCCACGACCACAAGGCAAAUGUUCCAUCUGGAUGUGCCCAAAACCGCCUCUAAUCAACAGGUUAGUGUGAAACCCAUCACCACAAACCCUACCUUCCUUGCCAAGCAACCGUCUUUAACAACACAUUUCCCCUUUUAUAACAACAACCAUUCAACUAAGGUUGAUGAUACUGGUUUUAAACCAACUUCGAGUGACUUGUUAAACAAUGUAUCAUCAUUGAAUCUUUUUUCGAGAUCAACUUCUUCAUCUGACGAAGAAGAAGAUCAGGAAAAGAGAUCGAGGAAGAAGAGGAAGUUGACAAAAGAGUUGAUGGAGAAACAAGAGAAGAUGCAUAAAAGGUUCUUGAAAGCUUUGGAGACUGGCGAGAGAGAGAGAAUCUCAAGAGAAGAAGCUUGGAGGGUCCAAGAGGUAGAGAGAAUCAAUAGUGAACACAAUACACUAGUCCAUGAGAGGUCUAAUAUUGCGGCUAAAGACGUUGCAAUCAUAUCAUUCUUACAAAAAAUAUCAGGAGGACAACAACAACCACAUCAGCAGAAUUAUAAAGUAUCACAAAGGAAACAAUAUCAAAGUGAACAACAUUCAAUUACAUUUGAGAGCGAAGAGACAAGUCAGGUUGUACUAGAUACAACAAUAAUGAAGAUAGGGACUUCCAAGGCAUCUCCUAGUUCUUCAAGAUGGCCUAAAACUGAGGUCGAGGCCUUAAUAAGAAUAAGAAAGAAUCUUGAAGCUAACUAUCUAGAAAACGGUACUAAGGGGCCGUUAUGGGAAGAGAUCUCUGCAGAGAUAAGAAGAUUCGGAUACAAUCGAAGCACGAAACGAUGCAAAGAGAAGUGGGAAAACAUCAACAAGUACUUCAAGAAAGUCAAAGAGAGCAACAAGAGACGACCCCUUGAUUCCAAGACAUGCCCUUGUUUUCACCAGCUAGAAGCGUUGUAUAACGAGAGGAACAAAACUGGGCCACUACCAAUAUUGCCUCUAUUGGUUACGAGACAGUUUCUUCUUUCACAAGAAACGAAGGCUGUGACUAAUCAGAGGGACAAAGUUGAUAAUAAAGAAGGAGAGAGCGGGGAGGAUGAUUACGAAGAUGAAGAAGAAGAGGGCGCAGGAGACAAUGAGAUAAGUGAGUUUGAGAUUGUGUUGAACAAAACAUCUUCACCUAUGGACAUUAACAAUAAUCUUUUCACCUAAGUGGUUUUGUAUAAUAUUUUCUUUUAUAUACACGUCUGAUAAACUCCACAAUGGGGUAUACAAAAAGAACAUAAUAAAACAAAUGUAAGUAAAUGGCUUGAUUUUCUAGUUUAUAGUAUUCCUUAAUUUCCGUGGUCUUUAAUAGAGUAACUAAAUUCGUUGAUUUUUUUUUACCAAGUCUAUCUAAUAAUAGAACCACAAGACUCAAUGGUGUAAAACUUGAAUAAAAGUUGGCUCAAUUGGUUGGGAGAAGCCAAGGGUAAUCAAACAUUCAUCUAUAUCCAUAGGUACCCGACAUAUCUAAUAAAAUCUUGGACCUACGGAUUAAAUUGGGUCGUCCUUUUCAUCAUUUUCUUUCUUUGGAGUGUUAUGAUUUAUAUGAAAUUUAACUUUGCAUUUUUUGUAAGAAUUUCGGAUAUAUCAGUUUAGCUCAAAUCAUCUAAUCAAAAGUAUCGUCCGUGUAGUUGAUGGCGUUGGUGCGUUUCUUUCUGUAAUAUGUGCCUACAUACCACGAGGUAGACCCAACAAACACACAUUAUAUUCGAAUUAGUACAGUAGAAUAAAUAAAAAGGACUACAAUAUAUUUUUGUAACAUUUUACUAAUAAAUCUGAUUAAUCAAAAUGAUAGCUUAAUUAAAAAUUGUACAGAAUGGGAAAAUAUGGAUAAAAUUACACAAAAUAAUAGAAAUGAAGGUAAAUAAAGUGCAUAAGUUGUUUUUAAAUGGUCCAUAUAUUUAUUUAAUCAGAAGGAGAUUAUGCAAAUUUUGAUUAGUUGAAUGGCUUUCUUCAGUCGAUAAUAUGUUACCAUCUGAAGCAUCCGAAGCUAAACAUUUGAGACAGUAAAACAAGAAUGAUUUAUUUUUGUUUUGUUUUAAGAACUUGAUUGAUAUUACAAUAUUGAAUAUAAGCGACAUAUGUAAAUUUUACAACUGCGAAAACAUAGGUUAGAGAUGUUCCGUUGGAUUAAUUAGAGUCAUAGACAAUAGACUUUUGCUCCUCGACGCCAUGAGAAAUCAUCUGCCCAAAACUUCUUUAUGUCCCCCUCAACGAAAUGUUGACCUUUUUCGUGUUAAAACAAAAGUAAAAGCUAACUUUGAUAUUAUGCUACGCACAAACUCAUUUUUUAGAAAGAAAACUAUAUAUAGCAAAAAAGAAUCAAUAUCUUUUUUAGAUGUCACUUUCCUUUGGGUUAAUUAAAGGAAAAUUUUCCAUAACGUCUUUCACUGAAAAUUGGGUUACAAAUUACAAGAUAACUAUGUUUUCCUUAAUACUCAAGAGCUCAUCAAUUUCAAAGGAUUCAGGAAAUUAUGAUCAGUAUAUAUACUCUAUAAUAUUCUUGUUUUCCCACAAACGAUCGUGAAAGCUCAUAUAUUAUUUUUUAAAAGUUUAUAUAAUUUUUAAAAAUAAACUUUUAUGUUUGAAUCUACAUUUAGUGUUGGUUCGUCAUCAUUGUUAGCCCCUCAAAAAAAAAAUUCAAAUAUAAAUUAUAAAACAUUCAUGGAAACGGAAAAGAAGAAGAUUCCGUUUCUAAUAAUUAGCCACCAUUCUUUCUCACAUAUCAUUUUUCCUUUUACAUGCCAUUUCAGAUUUUUGAAGUUGCAUUUUUAUUUUUGGUAGCAGAUUUAAUCUUCUGCAAUUCUAGUACACAUAUAUAAUUAGACCGUGGCAGAUUUGUUCUUACUUCUCAUGCAAAAGCUCUUGGUUUUUUCUUGGGUGCAAAUCAUCUUAUUGAUUAAAUUAUAGUAUAUAACAACUAUAAAUGACAUUUUAUGGGAUUGGGUGGAAAAAUAGGGUGGAAAAAAAUGAUUCGAGAAUAAUAUUUUGAGAUAGAGCGAUCAAAUGCUGCCCACUAGUUGAUUGCUGUUCGUGGAGGUACUUACUCGGUGCCACAAAUUGUUCGAAUUCAUUACAAAUAUAUGGUCUAAAUCUACAUAUUACAAAAUUUCCUGGAAUACUCUUGCAAGAAUAAUGACUCAUCACGGUACGAAUAAUCUUAAAAUUUGUAUAUUGAAUUAUAUGGUGGUACAGUUUACUUUACAAAACGCCAUAUACUCUAAAAAUUUAUAGUUUUCUUUCAACGUAUCUAGUGUAAUAAAGGAUCUUCGGGAGGAAACGGACCUUCAUGAUCACAAGUUUAAGUGUUUAUGAUAGGAAAGAAACGAAAUUAAUUAACAUGUUUGGGACCCUUAUAAGUUAUAACAAGAAACUAUGAGUACUCAAACCAGUUCUCACAAAAGAAAAAAAACUAUGAGUACUCAAGACUCACAACUUCGUGGUUAACAGUACAAAAUAAUUUGUUGUAUGGGUUGGAGAGAGCCGUUCCUCAGAGAAACUUUUAUGAACAUAAUUAAUUGAUCUAAUUGUAUGGGUUAUUGACAAAAGAAAAACAACAAAAUAAUAAUUUCAUAAAAAGUGUUACUCAACGAGCUAAGGAUAACUAAUUAUAUACUACAUAAAAUGCGUUUGACAAAUUCCAUUUUCUUUUACAUGUAAAAUCACAAUUUCUUACUUUGUUUAAUCUUAGGUUGGAAUGAAAAAGAAAACCCAAAAUGUUAAAAUUGAUUUUCAAGUUCUGAACAUAUUGGAUAAUUUUGGUUAGCAAAAAUUAUAAAUAUUUUAAAAUUUUACACUUAUUUUCUGUAUUAUGAUCUGUAAAUUUAAUCUGAAUUAAUCGAAUCAAUCCAACAACUGAACCCGGUCAAAUUUCAAACUGAAUCGGAGUUAUUAUAAAAGGAAACCUCAUUACACCUCUAUGUUGAGAUCGUAUGAAAUUGAUAGCGAGAUAGUAAUUAGUAGGUCUCUUGGUGAGAAAUUAUUACCCUCGCAAUGAAAUUGAAAACUGAUCCAAAAUAUCUUCUAUACUUUAAAAAUAACAUCCAAUAAUUUGUGGACGUACUAAAUAUUUCAUACAUCAACUUUAUAUAUCCGUGGACUAGUGGCAGAUUUUAAUUUUAACUUAAAUAAGGAUACCUAUAUUUUCAAGAUGUCCUUUUCGUGUACUAUAAAGUCUACUUAUCUUCUUUAAUCAUUUUCAAAACUCGCAAUUUCGAAUUAGUUUAAACUUUAGUGAGAUAAUUUAAUUCAACGGUACAAACUGAGACUUGCUUGUGCGCUGCUUGAGAAGAUACUUUUGUAGAAAAAGAAAAACGUAAACAAGAUAAUUAGCGGUUGUUAUCCGACCCAUAUAAACAAUAACACACACCAAACGUAUUAAAGCAGGGCUCACAUUAGUCACAUAAUAUUGUAGUGUAAGAGACGAACAAAAGUUAUAAUUACAGUGACGUGGGCGUGUUCCUUUCUCCGAAUGUUGGCAAAGAGCCUGUAGAUUAUUGUCUAGGUUUUAAAGUCAUAAAUAAAUAAUAAAAAUUGAUCUUUCCAUUUCACAUUACGUGUUGUAUUAUCACUACUUAUCAGUUUCAAAAUAGUUAUCAUUCUUAGAUUUUUAAUAUAAAAUCUGACGCAGAAUACCUAGUUUAAUUUUGUAUACCAUACAUUUGUAUUUCUGUGAGAGUGCUAAAACAUAUUUUGUAAAGUAUGGAAGAUAAUAAAUGUUUUUUUUACAAUAGACUCGAUGACAUAAUCAAAUGGCCCAAAAUUCUUCAUCCCACUUCUAGAUUGCCUGGAUUCGAACUCCCAUAUUUAGAAGUAAGAUACGAACGGCCAUUUAGC